AUGGUCCCGAAUCGCCGUCGUUUUGUGUCAUGGAGUGCCCGCCUGGGCUUGCUAGUUGCCACUGCGAAGACGCGUCGUCACUGGGCGAACCGGGGUAUCGAUCCCUGGUUACCGCGAGACACCAGGUUUCCAUUGGCAGAGAAUCUGUGCAAAGCACCGACAGUUGUCAGGGAAGCAGCAGCAGUAGCAAGCAGCAACGGCAGCGGUGGCUGGCCAAGCCAAAUCACCGUGGUGGUUGACGAGAGAAAAAACAAUCCAGGAGGAGGGAGGGACUUGUUGGUUUCCGCUUUCGUCCUUGCUCACUUUAUCUCUCGUCCACCCCCGCACCAGCAGCCGGUUCUCGACUCGACUCGACUCGAACCUCCCCACCAAGCAACAGGGCCUGGCAUUGCCUGA